UCUUCUGCCCUCCCGUCGAUCCCUUUCGACUCUUGUUCUCCUCGAAGCCCACAAGCUCUCGAAGACCUAAAAUCCCUCUACAAGUAACGUACUACCCGUCUACUCAAGAUCUCCCCCCUCUUCCGAAAGAAAAAUGGCUGGCGCUCGUGGAUGCUUCAACUGUGGUGGCUUCGGUCACCAGGCUGCCAACUGCCCUAAAGCAGGCACCCCUACCUGCUACAACUGUGGCCUCGAGGGUCACGUCUCCCGUGAUUGCACGAUGGAGCAAAAGGCAAAGUCGUGCUACAAGUGCGGCCAAGAAGGCCAUAUUUCGCGCGACUGCCCCGACACUACCGCUGCGCCAGGCGGAUUCAACGCCUUUGGCGGCGGCUCGAGUGCAGGUGCUGGCGGUGCUGAGUGCUACCGUUGCGGCAAGGUCGGCCAUAUCGCGCGGGCGUGCCCCGAGGCGCCAGGAGGCGUAACAGGCGGACGUGGAGGCUACGGCGGUGGAGCAAGCUACGGCAACUUCGGCAGCCAGCAGCGCACCUGCUACACUUGCGGCGGCGUUGGCCACUUGUCGCGUGACUGCGUCCAGGGUUCAAAAUGCUACAACUGCUCCGGCGUUGGACACAUCAGCCGUGACUGCCCUCAACCCCAAAGGCGGGCAUGCUACACCUGCGGCUCCGAGGGCCACAUCUCUCGUGACUGCCCGGGUGUAGCUACUGCUGAGGGCAGUGCGUAAGGAGUGUCCGGCUGUGCCCGGAGGGGGAGGAGACUGUCUGUCGUCGUGGAGUAGUCUUUGCGUCGCUUCGUCUGUCUGCUAUCCGACCAGUCGCUUUUUUCUUGUUUCGUGCUGUCGCAGCGUCCGCGUCGGUGCGCGCGUGUCCAUGUGAUAUCUAUAAUGUGUAGUGUUCGCCGCUGUUUAUACAUGCUCGAUGAUAGCGAGUGCUCCCUGCUC